CGUGAGAAAUCUCGAGAUUUUCGAGCAGAGACUUUUAUAAACUUCACCUUUUCUAUCUUUAUUUCGCUGUAAAGGAAAUACUUGAGUUGCUUUCGUUAGUUGUUAAACGUGCCCAUUUGUACCUUGUAUAUUCUACUAAAAUUUGGGAUCGAGUAACUGUAACUUCGCCAGGAUAUUCAAUAUUUCCUUCAAGUUGUAAAAAGUUAAUGAGAAUCUUGCAGGUCACGUGAUUUCGACUUUACUUUUGGGAGCGAAAAUGGCGACAGCAAUGUAUCUCGAGCACUACCUGGAUAGCUUGGAAAGCUUACCCAUGGAACUACAGCGUAACUUUAACUUGAUGCGGGACCUAGACACACGAUCCCAAGAUGUGAUAACAGAAGUGGACUCAAUGGUGGAUUGUUACAUGACGACUGUGAAACGUCUUUCACCAGAUAAGCGCACGGAACAGAUCACAGAUAUACAAAAGCUAUUCCAAAAGAGUAGAGAAUUUGGAGAUGAUAAAGUGCAGUUAGCCAUGCAAACAUAUGAGAUGGUUGAUAAGCAUAUACGAAGGUUGGAUUCGGAUUUAGCUAGAUUUGAAGCCGAACUGAAAGAAAAAGCGGUUAGUGCCAAAAGUGGUGUCGUGCCUGGUGGAGGAACAUCUGAACCGGAGAAAGGGAAAAAGGGCGACAAGAAAAAGAAGAAAAAUCAGAAAGACGAUUAUGAUGAUGAAAUACCAAAGAAGAAAAAACGAAAAUCUCAGUUGCCACUCCAGCCUGAUAUUGAGACUACACCGACUGUCCCUGCUAUCCCCAUAUCGAUCACACACCCGUCAGAUGUCCUGGAUAUGCCGGUCGACCCCAAUGAGCCAACGUACUGUCUGUGUCAUCAAGUCUCCUAUGGAGAAAUGAUAGGCUGUGAUAAUCAAGAUUGUCCAAUAGAGUGGUUUCACUUUGCAUGUGUUGGCCUGACUACCAAACCCAAAGGGAAGUGGUAUUGUCCAAAAUGUACAGUCGAACGCAAGAAGAAAUAAACAUAGCCUGCUUCAUUGGAACCAAACAAAUGUGAUUUCAUGGCGCUUGUUGAACUGUGAUGUGACCUACUGGUUGAGGUGUCUAGACUCUAAAUCCAAGUGUCGUCUGUUCGAACCCUGGUCUGAUCGUUGUUUUACCUUCACAGGUCGAGCUUAGUUGAGCACUGAAAUAACAGCAGCCACUUGGGACCCUAGAGUGCCUCUGUGGAGACCUUAUAGGAGACAGUUGUUGUUGAUCGCUCUGAUGCAUACCCUGAUUAGUGGAAAGUACUACUGGUAUUAAAAAAGCAACUAUUAAUUGGUAUUAAUGAAGAGAAGUGCUCACAUUUUGAAGGGAAAUGAGCAGCUUAUCUCGUGUAGUACCGUAUACUGGGAAAUGUUUACCGCUUCAAAUAUUGGCAUAUUUGAUCAAUCUGCAAUUUACCCCAUUGAAUGAUUGACGAACAUGCUCGUGGAUUGUGACAUCAUGAUGAACCUUAUGUAAACUCAACAUGAAUCGUAUGUAAACCCAGCCAUCAAUGUACAGUAUUAUGGCUUUCACAUUUCCCUGCAUGAUAUUCUGUGACUUCUACAUGUAUUCUCAUGUAUAUCUUCUAUAUUUCAUGGCAUGUUCCUACCUUAACCCAGGUGAUUCUUCAUAGUGAUAGUGUUUAUGAAAAUGUUGUGUUCAAGUUCAGCUUUAUUUGUGUUCAUUGUAGAAAGUUUGUGAUUGAUGUUGAGGCCUACACUCGGCCAUGAAUCGUGAGUUUCUAAUUCCCCUUGGUAAAUCAUGUUUUGUUAUAGUUGGUACAAUUUCUUCAGAUCUAGUUUUAUGAGGAACCAGGCACAGUGGCUCUUUCCUGUUUCUGAUUAAUAAGUUUGUGUUAUCUACUUUCUCACAUAGUAGCCAUUGUAAAUAUUGUGUAAAUUGUAUCCUAAUCAUAUUUUAAAGCCAAUGAUUAUGUUUUAUUUAAUCUGGUGUGUGGCCUUUAUACUACUCUCCACAUAUCCGAGAUAUGACCGAGAGUAACUACAUGUAAGUAAUAUUUAACGUGUUCAUGGUAUUGGUAAAUCAGAAACUUUGUGCUGUCAUUUUAAAAGAGCUUUAUACGUAACAUCGUCUAAAUUGGUACUCUUUGAUCCAAGAAAGCACAAAAAACCACGCUUUGUUCAGCUGAACUAUAUUGCAAUUAUCCAAGAGAUUUUUAGGGUCCAUUUAUCCUAGUUGAUGGUCAGUUUCUUGAUCUUUUCUAAUUACUGGGCGAAGGGGUUUUGGGGUCCCUGCUGUCAUGUAAGACACUAAAAUUGAAACUUAUUGGUUGAUGUUUGUCUUGCUUGAUUUAAAAAAUGCGACUCCAGAAGUUCUAAAAUGGCAUUUUAAAGUCGGUGAAUUCGUUUUCACACCGAUAUUUGUCGGACUUGAAACAUGUGGAAGAUUCGUCUCCAUCUGUUAUGCUGGCCGUUCCGUCAGAAGAUUAGUUGUCGUCUUGGGAGGGGGAGGGAGGAGGUUGGUUUGGUUUCAAGCCAGCUCUAUUCUUGUAUAUUUGUAUAUUUGUGUACAAGUGAAUGGGAUGAGUAUACAUGUAAGACCUCAAUCAUAUCUGUUCAAGAGUUAUUUUUGUAUGAAUAAAUAGUGUAUAUAUGUAUAACUGAAA